GGUGAUAUUCACUCAAAAAUUAAUGCUUUGAGGCUUAUCAAUUAAGUUAUCAAUUUUUCAGAUAAGCAAACUUAGUUUAUCCAUAUCGCCCCAAAUUUAAAACUUAAGCUUUUAUGAAUUUAUGAUGGUGAUAUUCACUGAAAAAUUAACGCUAUAGGGCUUAUCUCCAGACUUAUCAAUUUUUCAGAUAAGCAAAUUUAGUUUAUCCAAAUCGCCCCAAAUAUAAAACUCUUGAAUUUAUGAUGACGAUAAUAGGAGGUAUGGUGUAUACUAGACACUGAACGGUAAUUUCGGGUUACAUAUAUAAUAAAAUGAGGCGCCUGGUUGGAUGAAAAGUUUGCAUGGAAAAAGUGAGACGAAGAGAAAUGGAUUUCAUACGACCCUGACUCGAAAUGAUGAUGGAUACCCACCGCGAACCACUUUUCUCACUCUGUCUCACAUUCCCAUGCGAAAUAUGGAAAACGGUUUUGUGAAACACUUGACGUGGUAUUCAUCAGGAGGCAUUGUGGAUGACCGAAUAGAAGAUAUGGACCCUGAUGUUGCAAUGGGCUUCGUGACGGCUGGCUUGAAUCGGGAACUUGUCGAAGAAGUUAACGCCGACUUGAGCAUCGUAAAAGUCACUGGCAGGGACUAUGUGUAUACUCUGAGUGACAAAGUUCCGUAUGUCACUCAGUUGGUAGUUGAGCCUACAUUAUGUCAUUUUUUUACGAAGGAGGUUGAGCUUUCCCAGUUUGAAGAUUUAGAACGAGCUGCCUUGUCGGCGAAAGAUUUCGGCGAUGAAGUGAUGGGACACAUUCGAGUUCCACUUUAUACGAUGGAUGACGGGAAACGAGGUUAUCCAGAAUUUUUAAAGAAUAAUUUUAUUGGACAGGCCAAAGCCCAGUUGAUACGAGGACUGUCUCAUAUUAAUAUUUGGUAGCACCAUGAAAUUCGGUUACUAAAUGAAUUUAUGCAAAUUAUGUAAUUCUCUGGUGCUAAUAAGUUAUCCAAGCAGUACAUUAAUAUAUUGUAUUAGUUGUGAAUCAUUCCGAAACUGUGAAUAAAUUUUUUAAUCAUUUUAACGGUUAAA